AAAGUGCUACUUGAACUUUUUUCUUCGUGCGAGCCCCGUUCGACGAAUUGUCGCAAUCGAGCGCAACUUUUUGUGUAAAUAUUUACGCCAACUUGUCUCGCCCGAAAGUGGCCAAAGUGCGUGUCAAAGUGCGGUGCAAGUCGUGGCGCGUCCGUCGGAAGUGAAAUUGACCGGAUUGACGCUGGAUUCGGGGCGAAAAGUGGUGUUUUCCGCGCGCAGUGUCUGACGGCCCCCUUUUCGGUAGCGCCCCCUCUAGUAGCAGUAGAUUCUUUGCUCUCGUUGACAGAGUGGUUACGCGAGACGCCAUUUUAGAAUUUUUAUUUUGCUUGGCUAACUCGGAUUCGGGGGGUUUUGGGAUUGUGUUUUGGGUGGAAGAGAUGGAAGAGUUCGGGUGCUGAAAAUAGUGUUGGAUUUUAAAACAUUCCGAAAUAGUGCUCAUCUUUUAAAGUGCAAGGAAGUGUUUCCUUCAUAAAAGUGCAAGGGGAUGAUAGCUGUAAAGCAGAAGAGAUGUAGUGGUAGUGGUAGUGGUGAAGUUGAUGAUGAAGCAAGUCGGAAUGAGUGAGGACGAGAGGUGAAAUGUUGAUUUAGGACUAUCAAGAUGCGGUACAGUAGUUUCACCAUCAAAUAAGCAGAAAAUACAGAAAAAAAAACUCUUAAGUAAAAGUAAUCGGAUUCAACAAACGGACCAAACCGUAAACAAUAGAAUCGCCCGAAACGGGUGGGAAUAACCACACGUGGUCAGCUGUGAUUAAGGGGGUCGCGCGCGUCUAUAAAGGAAGAAUCUUUCUAAGCGUGAACUAGGGAAAAAAAUGACCACGGUCAAAACGAACCCGGUGGACUCGAAACCCCCCGGCAAGUCCCCGCUGUCGUCUUCGUCAUCCUCCUCCUCCUCAUCGGACUCGGACGAUGGGUCGGACUCGUCGUCGGAUUCCGACUCGUCGACCUCGGUUGCGUCCACCAACAAGACCAGCAGCAAGCAGGGCACCGGGGGCGAUAAUGGCGUUGGCGGAGGAAGUGGAGACAACCAACAGUUGCAGCAUCAGCAACAACAGCAUCAACAGCAGCAGCAGCAGCAGCAAUUCAGCGUUAUGAGCUCCGACAGCGCCGGCCUACGUAUGAAAAUCGCCAUCCCCCGAAAUCAAUCCAACUCGACGCCAACGCCGUCUCCUUCGGGGGGCAACACAUCGAACCGACCCGGAUCGACGACGACCCUCGGUGACGCUGGCAAGUCCCCGGCGGUCAACAGUCCCGUGCCGCCCAAGGCGACGGACGACGGAUCUUCGCCGAGCAAGCCCGAAUCGAGCCGCGCGUCGACCCGCAAAGCCAGCAAGAGCGAGUCCAGCUCGGACAGUUCCAGCUGCUUCACGAACAGCUGCAGUGACGAUGAGGAGGACAGCGAUAGUAGCAGUUCCGGGCAUCACAAGAAGGAUGGGUCGACGUCGAGUCAGAAGAAGCAGAAGUUUGUCAAGAGGAAGAAGGCGAAUCGUAGCGUAUCGACGAGCAGCAGCAGUGACGGCAGUGAUGACUCCAGCGAUUCCGACAGCAGCAGUGACGGAGACGUCGCCAACGGCGCGCCGUUGUCCAUGUCUACGCCAGCGAAGCCAGUCGCUGCGUCGCAGCCAGUUGCGAUGCCGGACGCAGACGCUGGAUCGUCGUCGGAUACCGAGCUUCCAGCGCUGGUGAACGCAGCCAUAAUGCGAGUCGCCGAGAGUGGCUCGGACGGCGAAAGCACGGCAAUGCCGCAAUACACGUCAAGCUUGCUGCGGGACUUUGUGGCGAAGACGGCCAUGCUUGGGGCGGGUUCUUCUGAGUCCGCAGCUGCGUCAGCAGCGCCGUCCUCGACGGAUCUACACAAAAUUAAGACUGAAAUGCCCGCCGCUGUUCAGAACUCGGCCGGCGCCGUCAAUGGUGUGGCGGUCAAGGCGGCGACAGCCGCGGCAAUCGUGCCGAUCAAACGGCGAGGUCGACCUCCCAAAUCUGCCUUAAAUGCGGCUGCUGCAGCAGCGGCCAAAGCUCCCACGCCGACGGUCAGUGAAUCUCCCGAUUCUGGGAUCCUGUCGACGCACAGCUCGACGGGAUCGCCGAAAACGGAAAAGAAGACGGCUUCGGCUGCGCCGACUCAGAAGCGAAAACCGGUAGAUUGUGAACCUAGUGGAAGUGGUGUUAAACCUGUCGUGGUGGCCCCACUCAACAAGUACACGAUUGCCAGCUUGGACCGUAAUACGUACGCAACGGAACGGGUGCUGUACCCGCCCAGGGGAAAGAAGAAACUCGGGCGUCCAGCGAAGGAAAAGCCGCAAUCGGUCGCCGAAGACAAUCUGGAUCCGCUUUGGAAGAAGAUCGACAUUAGCAAAAAGUUUCACGAACCAAGGUUGAGCGGAUACAAGAGUGACGGCGGCCACUCGACAAUCUGCUGCAGCAAACGGCUCGCGUCGCAGAGUGGCUACAUCAGCGAUUACGGCGGCCAUCGGCGAAGCCGACUGUCCGGAUACAAGUCGGAUUGUAGUACAAAGUCUCGCAAGAGUUGCGGCUACAAGAGCGAUUACAGUGUAAAGGCGAAGAGUUGUGGGUAUCGGAGCGAUUGCAGCACCCGGCAUCGGAAGCAAGUUCGGCGAAAACGCCGCAAGAAGCUGGCGCCGAACAACAACAACCUGAACAACAAAAACUUUAACAACCAGAGCAGCAAGUCGUCGAGCGUUAGCGAGCAGGAUAUUCUACAGUUGGCGGGGCUAACGCUCGGAAGCACAAGUGAGGAAAGCAGCAGCAGCCAGGAGUCACUGUCGUCGAUUAACACGACCACGCCGUUCAGUAAAGUACUUCGAAUCUCCCAGGAACAAUCUCCGGUUAAAAGUUCCAUCCCAACGCUGCUAACGGCAAAGAACCGAGCGAAUCCGCUGCUUCCAAUCAACAACUUCAAGGGAAUUUUCUCAUCGAUCAGCCGAUUCGGCAGCCAGGACACGUUCGGCUCCAACGUCGGCCCCAAGAACUCGUUCGCAACCUUCCUGAAGAGCAACCGCAGCCAGAAGGACAACGGAAAGGUCAACGUUAAAAAGCUGCCCCUUUCAAAGGCGAACGUUAUCAAAAACUCCGAGGAGUGCAGCAAACGUUUCCAGCGAUCAACCAGCCAAGAUCUGCUCAGUCGAAUCACCAACGCGGACGUCCCGAAACCCUCCCCCGCCAAAUCCGUCUGUUCGAAGCGAAGUCGCCGCAAGAGCUGCCAAAGCGACAAGCUGGACACGGGCUCUGUCAAGAGUUGCGGCACGAUCCGCCAGAGGCGUUUGAGCACGAUGAGUCGGUGCAGCAGUCGUUCCGCGGGCUCACGACACCCGUGGAGGAAGAAAAAACGAAAGCGCUUACGAUCGAACUCGGUGGCGGGGAAAACUUCGGCGGACGUCAAGAUGAGCCUGGAGGUGGAACGGCUCAGCGAGUCGUUUGGCACCCAGUGCCGGAUCAAUCUGGCGAGAGAUGGCUUGCUGGGGAUUGGGGCGGCUGCGUUGGCGGGUGCGGCUGCGAAGAAUCAGCAGAAGGGACGGUCAACUAAGAAGCGAAAGGCGUCGGAGCACGUGGAAUCGCCGUCUUCGACGGCAGCGGGGACGAAGCGGAGGAACAAGAAGUCUGUACUGACGCAGAGUCCCGACGAUCACAAGUUGCCGCUGAAGAAGCGUCACUACCUGUUGAGCGAACAAACUGCGAAGAGCAACGACAGCGGAGCGGACGAGGGCAAGAGUCAAGCGGUGGUGAAUCCGUGCGUUGCACGGGUUGCGGUGGCCACGGCUUCAACCUCGUCAGCUGCUUCGACUUCGGUAGCGAAGGCAGUCACCCCGAAGAAGCGGCACUUGCUUAAGGUACCAGAGGCUAUGAUUCCCGAGGAGAUUGUGCAGAUCAAGUCGAGCGAUUCUCCGCUGACGGUGGAUCCGAAAACGGUUGAAAGUGCGGCCACCGAAACGACUUCCGGAAGCAAGAAGAAUGACGCCAUAGCUCGCAAGAAGAACCGACUUGAAGGUCUUUUGUCUCGAAUACAGCCUACGGCGACGGUCACCGCCAUUCUGGCGGACAACAACAUCCUGGCGUCGACAAGCCACCGAUCUACACCUCCAGCCCGUCCAACGGUGAUCCAAUCUUCCGCGACUUCAGCGCCAACCUCAACAGCUUCCAUCACAGCUAACGCCCCACCCCCAGGAAUAUUCGAACCAACGGUAGACCUAGAACUAUCGAUCCCCACCUCGAUCCCUUCGCUGAUCGCGAAGGUAGAACUGCUGGACUCCCCACGCCUCAAGGAAGGCCUGUCCAAGCUGGACGGCGAUGACGCCGCGAAAAAGAAUUCCGAGCGAAUGAUCGAGCAGCUGCUCACAAAGACCGGCGCCCAUCUGCUGCUGAAGAAGAAGCGCAAGAAGCCCAACCGUACCGGCUUUCCCACCGUCAAGAAGAAGAAAAAGAAGACGAUCGAAAAAGAACCCGCCGAGGAGGAGGUCAAGCCGGAGGUGGUCGGACCGGAACUGUUUGAUUCUUCGAAUCUUACUCGGCACGUUCCGCCGGAGACGGACAAGGGCAAAGAUAAGCGGGGCACGACGACCAAGGAUCGGCAGUCCGCGAAGAACUGCGAUCGCGUUCCGAAGGAGGGCGAACCCACGGACAGCUUCAUCGAGCGCAACUCCCGGCCGAGGCUGUCCGUGGUGAGCCUGGAACGGCUGCAGGGUAAGAUUCCGUUGACUGGAAAGGACGCGGGUUGUUCUACCACGACUCCGCCGGCCACGGGGGCCGGCAGGGGGAAGAAGGGAUCGUCCUGUGAACUCUCGUCGGUUUCGCUGGCGGAGCGAAGGCAUUUAAGGGCAAAGUCACGGGAUAACAAUGACUUGGUGGAGAAAGAUCCAAAAAUGAAAGAGAAAAAGUCUCGCGUGGAUGUUCCGGUUGUUGGGAAAUCCAGCAAGAAGGAUCUUCCUCCUGAGAAGCCGAUCAAACUGAAAGAGAAGCAAAAGGAGUUGGAUCCAUUGCCGAACAUGACAAAACCAAGCGAAAAAAUCUCCAAGCAUCUUCCGGACAAAGAGAACAAAAAACAAGCCAGCGUUCCGCCAACUGUCAACAAACCCAAACCCAUCCAAGUAGACGAAAUCCCGCAGCCACCGCCCAUCCCAUCCCUCCCCGCUCCACUCCGCCGAACGCGAAGCAGCUCGAUCGCGCUCGACCCAUCCGAGUUGGCCAGGAAACCCACCGAAAUCCCCCUCAAAAACGCCGUCAUCAAGCUGCAACCGUGCGUCCUGUCCAACGAUGAUUCCGACUCGCUCGACUCGAUGCCCCUGCUGAAGCGCCUGCAAGCCCGCUCCAUUUCCCGUCAGAUCCAGCAGGAGCUCCCACCCGUCAUUUCACCCCCUAAGACGCCAUCCCGUCCGCGGGGUCGACCCCGGACGGCAUCACCCGCGAUCGCAAACUCCGACACUCCGGCGCCGAUUCCGGUCACUCCCACGCUGUCGGAGCAGCUCAGUAAGUUGCGCCGUUCGCGGAUGAGUGUCGUUGAUACGGCGCGAAGGGUUCACCAGCAGGAGCAGUCGGAAGUGGUGCCCGUUUCACCUUCGGUGAAGGAAACGCGAUCGGCAGCGGCGAGGAAGAGUUUCUGCAAGGACGUGACGGAGCAGCAGUUGGAGAUACCGUCGGUGAAGAUUGUUAUUUCGAAGCGGGAUCAGAAGGCGGUCGCGAGUGCCGUGGCGGAGAAGGAGCUGGACAAGGAGCGAAGUCCGGAUAGGUCUAGGGCGUCGGUACCGAAGUUGAAACGGGGUAAAAGUGAUGAGAUCGAAGGGGAAAAGUCUACCAAGAAGUUGAAGCGGGAUGUGGAACCACUACCACAACAGCAGGCGGUCGUUCCGCUGGUUCCGGUAGACAUGCAAAACUUUGACAUUGAAGAGUCGAUUACGCAACUGUCGAAGAUUCAGCCAGCUUCGUCAACGGAAGAUCUGGAACACGAUCCUCUACCAGCGGACGAAGGACCGGCGGAUUACUUCCGCGAUGAAACACCUUCACCACCGGUUACGGAUGGUAAAAACAAGAAGGUGCCCCGCAAGAAGUAUAUCACAGCCGGGUUGUUUUCGGACUGUUACAAGGACGACGGCAAAGGGUCCGGCCGGAGUGGACCCAAGGUGCAACCGGAAUCGCUCCUCCCACCCCCGGCGUACUGCGAGCGCUUCCUACGUCGUACUCAGCGUGACUUCCAGCUGCCGUACGAUCUCUGGUGGCUGCACGAAAACGGACGAAUGCCCGGACGACACUCGGUGCCGAGCUGGAACUACCGGAAGAUCCGCACCAACGUGUACUACGACGUCAAACCGAAUCCGUCCAGCGAUCAUCCGCAGUGUAACUGCAAGCCGGAUAGCGGCUGCCAGGAUGAUUGUCUCAACCGGCUGGUGUACGUGGAAUGCGUUCCGGAGAACUGCCCAUGCGGAGAUCGCUGCCAAAACACCAAGAUCCAACGGCACGAGUACGCACCCGGCUUGGAACGGUUCAUGACCGAGCUCAAGGGCUGGGGCAUCCGCUCCAAGGAGGGUGUCAAAAAGGGCUCCUUCAUCAUGGAGUACCUCGGAGAGGUCGUAACCGAGAAAGAGUUCAAAGAACGCAUGCGAACGAUCUACCUGAACGACACCCAUCACUACUGCUUGAACCUGACCGGCGGUUUAGUCAUCGACGGACAUCGCAUGGGCAGUGAUUGCCGCUUCGUCAACCACUCGUGCGCUCCCAACUGCGAAAUGCAAAAGUGGUCCGUCAACGGACUGUUCCGGAUGGCGCUGUACGCGUCCCGUGACAUCCCCCCGCACGAGGAGCUCUGCUACGACUACAACUUCUCCCUUUUCAACCCAUCUGAGGGCCAACCCUGCAAGUGCGGCGCCGAACAGUGCCGAGGCGUCAUCGGUGGCAAAUCCCAACGUGUACGCCCUCUCCCAGCCUCCUCAACAGCCACCACCACCGACACAACGAAAAAAAUACCGGAAACCGGCCCAACAUCUUCCACCACCAACCCAGCAGUCUCCACCGAGCAAAGCCCGCGCAGCGCAGCCCGGUCCCGCAAACGCCAAGCCAAAAAGAACGCUCCCCUAACCCAACUGAACGGUCAACCCCUCCCGAACUUUGUCUCCCCGACCGUCAAAGAGCGCGCCCUGAUCGUCGAGCAUCACUGCUUCCUGAUGCGGAAUCUCAACAAGGUGCGCAAGCUGAAGGAUCGCUCGCCGGAACAUGGGGGCACGCAAUCGUCGUCGAGUCCGGCGUUGGGAGGACAGGGGAAACCGUCGCUAGCGUCGCAGAUGUCUGCGCUGCGAUGUCCGCGGAAUAUCCGAACCCGCGGGCUGGCCUUUGUCGAGGAUGAUCCGGAGCUGGAGAAGAUUGCGAGGAUUGCGGUCGCGCUGAAGGAGAUUUGUAUCGAGAUGGCGACGUUGAAGGACGAGCGCAGUCAACCGUUCCUAAACCGACUGGCACUUCCAAACAAGAAGAAGGUCCCGCUGUACUACGAGCGCAUCCCAAAGCCUAUCGACCUACCGCACAUUCAGUCCAACAUUGAGCAAGGAACGUACAAACAGCCGAAGGUGUUUGAGGACGAUCUGCUCAUCAUGUUCAGCAAUGCGGUCAAGUACUACGGGAUCAGCUCGCCGGAGGGCGUUGCGUCGGAGAAGCUAAAGGAGCAUUACUACAUCUGCAAGCAGCGUCAGGUGGAGAAGCUGAUCGCUUACGUGGGCGAGCAGAACGAACUGCUGCGAGGGUUCGUUCCGAAGACGGAACCGGUGCCGGUGGUGGUUACGAAGAAGCGUGGGAAAUUCAAGCAGGAACAGGUUGAGGACAUCAUUCGCUGCAUCUGCGGACUGUUCAAGGACGAAGGGUUGAUGAUUCAGUGUUCCAAGUGUUUGGUUUGGCAGCACAUUGAGUGCACGAAGGCCGAUCCGGCCGUGGAGAACUACUUGUGUGAAAAGUGCGAACCGCGGAAGGUGGACUAUGAGAUUACGCUGAACGAGUUUACGGAGGAAGGCUAUCAGUACUACAUUUCGUUGCUGAGGGGAAAUUUGCAAAUCCGACAGACGGAUACGGUGUACGUGCUGCGGGACAUCCCGAUGAGUCCGGAUCCGAACGAUCCGAAGGUGCAACCACGAAAGCAUACUUACGAAACCAUUGGCAAGGUGGACUACGCCGAGUGUGACAUCUUCCGGGUGGAGAGCCUGUGGAAGGACAAGGAAGGACGCCGCUUCGUGUACGGUCAUCACUACUUGCGGCCACACGAAACGUACCACGAGCCAACGCGACGAUUCUACCCGAACGAGGUGAUGCGGGUUCCGCUGUACGAGGUUAUUCCGAUCGAGCUGGUCAUCGAUCGGUGCUGGGUGCUUGAUCCGACCACGUUCUGCAAGGGCAGACCGGUGGACAGCUCGGAACCGCACGUGUACAUCUGCGAGCUGCGGGUCGACAAGAGUGCGCGACUGUUUUCCAAGAUUUCGCGCCACACCCACCCGGUGUGCAUGAAAUCGUACGCAUUCCACAAGUUCGAGGAGAAGCUGAAGAUUUCCAAGACCUUCGCGCCUCACGAUCUUGGUUCGUUGGCACAUCUGCUGGCCGCAAAGGACAACCGCAAGAAGGGAAGCAAAAAGGACGAUAGCAAUUCAGUCGCUUCGAGCGCAUCCAACACCACUCCGAAGAAGAUGACCCCGGUGAUGCAGCUUCUACCUCCUCCACCAAAGACUGAUAGCAGCAGUUCCGAAGGAGCGCUCUCACUACCUUUAACCGAGACCCUCGCGGAAAAACGCAACCGGCUGGAGGACGUGCUGGGCCGGCUGAUGACAAAGCUGAACGCCAACCCGGCGGCCCUUCCGGUGGUGGACAUUAGCUACCUCCUGACCGGUCGGGGCGCCCGGCUGCGCAGGACCAUUGCGAACGCCACGCCCGUGCCGCUCAUUUGAGAGUGGGUUAAAAAGCGCAAAAAACGGCGCAAAUGGAAACGUUGCUACGAUUGAACGGACGGAUUCGACAACGCUGGACGACGACCAGGACAACGGCCAAGUAGGCCGUUUCAUCGAAUUUAUGUACAUAACAACAACAACAACAACACACGGUGCGCCGCAGGCCUUGUACGGUGUUUACAUUUAAGGUUAUGUUUAUUCGCUGACAUUAAGUUAUUUAAUUUAUUUAUUUCACCCAUACAGAGUUUUGUUUAGAACAAAUAAAUAUUGUUUUUGUUUAUAUUUUUGUCCUGUGUUACUUCUUAGCGAUACGUUUCUUCUUUUGCUUUUUUAAGAGAGUUCUGGUAGUUUGAGGGCUACUAGAUUAGGCAAUUUUGUUGAUUUGAUUACAUUUAUCAGUAACGUUUUAACAGAUUUCUGAUUUAAAAAAAUCAAACCUUAUAAUAACUUAUAGAACGUUGACAAUUCACACCCGAAUGUGGACAAGUAUUAACAUUAACCGCCGAAGUACUGUAGGACAUUUGGAAUCUGGCUUAUGUAGUUGAAUCUGCAAGCGUCAAACAAUGAACACCACACGCAUAGAGCUUUCUGUUAGUGGGAGAGCAGCAAAAAGUAACAAAAAAUCCCUCUUUAAAAUGCUAUCGGGAAAAGGACUGAAUCUAAAGAUAGUGAUCGAUAGGACUAGGCUGAAAAAUUAAUAUACAUUAGGACGAUCGAAUAGUAUGGAGCGGAGCAGAAGAGAGCAGAUUUUUUAAUACUUGAAGCUAUUUAAUACGUUGAAAAA